AUGGGUAAAAUAAUGAAGAGUGGUAAAGUUGUUCUGGUACUGAGGGGGAGAUUUGCAGGUAGAAAAGCCAUAAUUGUUAAGGCGUAUGAUGAUGGUUCAUCCGAUCGGGCAUAUAGCCACGCGUUGAUUGCUGGAAUAGACAAGUACCCGAGACCGAUCACUAAAGCAAUGGGGAAGAAAAAAAUUGAAAAUAGGAAUAAGUUGCGUCCAUUUGUUGGGGUAGCAAGCUACUCAAAUCUGUUGCCUACCAGGUUGUAUUCAGUCGACAUAACUUUGGACAAGAACUUUGUGAAUAAGGAGGCACUGAAGGAACCUGGUAAGAAGACGAGAGCUAAAUUGGAGAUUAAGAAGAAAUUUGAAGAGCGCUAUAAAACUGGCAAGAACAAGUGGUUUUUUACUAAGUUACGAUUUUGA